AUGGCGCUGGGGUGGGCGCUCACCGUGGGCGCGGCCUGGCUGGCGUACCGGAGCGUGCAGCUGCGGGCGGGGCAGCGCGAGCGCGAGGCCGAGGCCGAGCGCGGGAAGCAGGUGCAUAGCAAGUUCGCGGCGCUGCUGGACGAGGCGCGGCGGCGCGAGGACGCGGCGCGGCUGCGCGCGCUGACGUUGGAGUACGCGCGGGAGGCGCACGCGGAUCCAAACGGCACCUGGGCCGAGCUGGGUGCGCUGCCGGGGCUCCCGCCGGGCGACCGCGACUUCGGCAAGGAGACGAUCCCCGCCGAGGACACGCUCGUCUUCGUCCGCACCGACGCCCAGCCCGGCCGGUUCCCCGUCCACAUCGCCGUCAACGUCGAGGCCCGCCGCGUGUGCCGCGUGCCGCCGACCCCGAAACACCCCGCCGACCCCUGGGAGGGCGCCCUCGCCGAGCUGUUCGCCCGCGUCAACUUCCAGGCCGCCCAUUGGCGCGACGAGGGCUUCUUACCAGACGGCACCGAACUCGCCGUCAGCUUCAUCUUGCAAGAUCGCAUCCUCUCCAUCUCGUACAUCUGCGACUCGUAUUUGCUGGAGACACGCGACGGCCAGAAACCUUGAAGGCUGCGAAUCAGACAACCGCGCCACCUCACACGCCGGUCGCGUUUGCGGGUGUCGGGUCGGAAUUCAACCCGACCGACCCUGGUGGGGAUGGCCCGCUUUGUUGUUGUCGGCGCAUGGUUUGGCUUCGCUAUCACGGUUCAGGCCGGGAACGGGGGCGCUUGCAUAUGCAUUUAGGUGGUGUUAGAAGAGGCGUACUUUGCAUUGGGAUCAUGGAGCGCUCCUGAUGGGAUGCUCAUGUCGAAGUAGUCAGAAGGAUAGACAUCCCGUCCUAACUACGGAUGACACAGCGAUGUAGUGCUAGAAACGGGGCAGGCUUCACUGAUUACAUAUCAGCGUUAGGGAUGGAAGAUUCCAAAACAAUGAAUAGCGAAGUAUGGAUUAAACAGGAGAGAGCAGUAUACGCUUUCUACGCAUGUGAGUAAUC